GUUUUGAUUGGGGCUCCUACCUGGAGAGGGAAACAUCUCUGGCUGCACCUGUCUCCUGCUUUGCACACGCUCCACUAAGUGAUUACUGGGACGAUAUCUCUGUGGGGGUGAAGGUGGAGGUCCUCAACACCAAUGCAGUUCUUCCCAGUAAAGUUUACUGGAUUGCUACCAUCAUCCAGGUUGCAGGAUACAAAGCUCUGCUGAGAUACGAAGGCUUCGAGCAUGACAGCAGCCAUGAUUUCUGGUGCAGCCUGGUUUUAGGAGACCUCAACCCAAUUGGCUGGUGCGCCAUGACAAGCAAGCUGCUAGUGCCCCCACAAAAUGUGAAGAACAUCUCAGACUGGAAAGACUAUCUGAUGAAGAGGAUGGUGGGGACCACCACUCUACCGGUUCAUUUCUAUGUGAAGUUGGCAGAGAACAUGAAGUCCUCUUUCAAACCUGGCAUGUGGGUGGAGGUAGUGGAUCCUAAACAUGUAAGCCGAACCCGAGUGGCCAUCAUAGACUCUAUCAUUGGAGGCCGCCUUCAGCUGGUGUACGCAGACCAGACUGACGCGUCAGAGAAUGUAGUCUCUGACUUCUGGUGCCACAUGUGGAGUCCCCUCAUACACCCGAUGGGCUGGUCUGGCAGAGUGGGUCAUGCCAUAAAAACACCCGCAAAAAGCACUGAAGCGUUGAGCGGUUUGAGAGGUAACCCUGAAAGUGCCUUCCUGCUCUUUAAAAGGCCUAAAAUUGUGUACAUGGGGGAGAGUUUCUUUGAAGAAGGGAUGAAACUGGAGGCCAUUGAUCCCCUCAACUUGGGAAACAUCUGUGUUGCUACUGUGCACAAGGUGCUGCUGGAUGGAUACUUGAUGGUGGGCAUUGAUGGCACUGAAUCAAACAAAGGCUCUGACAGGUUCUGUUACCAUGCUUCUUCUCAUGCCAUUUUACCAGUCGGCUUCUGUAAAAAAAACAAAAUCACUCUCACCGUUCCUAAUGGUUGCAAUCCUCAGACCUUCACCUGGAAAACUUACCUGAAUGAGACUGCAGCUAAACCAGCACCAGCAAGGCUCUUCAAUGCUGACUAUCCAGGUCAUGGUUUCUCCCCCAACAUGAAGCUGGAAGCAGUUGACCUGAUGGAACCAAGGUUGAUCUGCGUGGCCACUGUGAAGCGCUGUGUGGGUCGCCUGCUGCUCAUCCACUUCGACGGCUGGGAUGAGGAGUUCGACCAGUGGAUCGACCACCAGUCUCCAGACAUCUACCCUGUUGGCUGGUGUGAGCUUGUGGGCUACGAGCUCCAGCCGCCUGCUGGAUCUGUUGAUUUAACUGCAAACCAGGUGACACCGAACAAGAGACCCAAGCCCUUCGUGUACAGGAAAAAGAAAAGAAGAGUUUUCAAGAAGAAGCUAUCCCAGGACCAAGUAAAAAACUUUGCUGAUCAGCUGGCUCAUGUUGGAACCACUGAAGGUUUUCCUCCAGAAAUUCCUCUUAUUCAACCAAAAACUGAGCCAGCAGAGCUGCAGGUCGCUGCAGUGCAGGUGAAAGUAGAGGAGAUGGAGACCCCCAUUGAGCACCCCAAAAAAACUCAAGUCUUACUGAGUGCAGUGAAACAAGAGGAGGCCGAGCAGGAGAUUGAACCCAGACGUCCAGAACCCAAACAGAGCCAACCAGAGGGCAGAAAGAUAGUAGGAGGUGAAACUGCAGAGGUCAAAGGUGAGGACAACCACGCCAUGAGCAGAAAUGUUGAGUGGAGUGAAAACCAGAGGCAAAGACCUGCACCUGAGGAUCUUAGCAGCCUGGAUGAGAUGAGGAGGAGCAACACGGAGCAAGACACAAGAAGCUGAAGUGAUAGAGAUGUACGACUAGAACUCUUGCUUUAAAAAAGUAGUUCAGCUCUUAAAAUUUGUUCGUAGGUUUUUCACAGAACCCAGUUUUUUAUUUCUGCGUCUUUUAGAAAGUUUAUU